CUUGUCCACUCGCACCUCUCCAUCAAGUUAUUGCAGCUGAGGAGAAACAAACCCCAGAAACCGGAGCCCUCCACUGGUACAGGGAGGAGUGAUCUGUGGAGAUCCAUGGAGGCUUUUGCUGUUGCCUUAUUUGGCGUGGUAGCCACCGGCGCAGUGUCGAAGCUCGUCAAGGUGGUAGAAGACUUAGAUACAAAGGGAAAAGCUAGUAAGGCGAUGAAAAUUGAUGCUUUUUAUAUCGAAGGUGAUCUCGAGUUCAUCCGUAUUUUGAUGAAAGAGAGUUUUGAUCAAAGUGGCGGACAUGUCGGUCGUUCGCACUUAGUAUGCAUUGGAUUACUGAGAUGCUUGGCAUAUGACAUCGAAGACUGCAUGGACAGCUUCAACCCGGAGAAGAAGAACCUCAGUGAUUUCGCCACAGAGAUUGCUAACCUCAGGGCCAGAUCAAUAGCGACCAAAGAUCAGAUAUCGAGUAAUAUGAAGCUGAUAGCACUGGCGUUUAACGGGUCAGCACAAGGGGCAGUCGUCGGGACUGCGCAAGGGGCUCCUGCUGUCCCCAGGGAGCUUCAGGAUCUUCUAAGCGACAAGAAUCACACGGAGUGGCUUGAUCUCAACUUGGACUGCUUGCUAUAUUUCUGCUUGUUCCCUCCAAUUCAUGAUGUCAGUACUAAGCCCCUAAUGAGGAGAUGGCUGGCUGAAGGACUAGUACAAGGAGAAGAUGCCGCAGUCCAAAAUUUGGAAAUCCUAAUCACAGCCAGUAUCAUCAGUUCCACCCAUACAAGCAACAAUGGAGUUACAUGCCGACCUACCCGCGAUAUGCACGCCGGCAUCUCCCAGAUGUCCAUGUCCAGGAAUUUCGUGCUGUUGUGUGACGGCACGGCCCAAUUGCCAGCGGACAGACCCCGCAGGCUAUCUGUGCAUCCUCCCGCAAAUGGCCAACUGAAUUUGCCUCAGGAUUUAUCUCGUCUCCGGACCCUGGCGGUAUUCCCAGCUGCUGGCGCGGCGAAUCCCGCAGACUAUGAAGCUGUUCUUGAUUUCACCAGGUAUAAAGUGCUGCGGGUGUUGGAUCUGAAAGAAUGUGUUGACCUUAGCGAGCAACAACUCAGAGAUAUCUGGGGCCAGCAGGUGUUAAUGAAAUAUCUGAGCAUCAAUUUGGGCAGCAUCGAUCGGAUUGAAAGGGCAAUCGGGCGCCUGGAUCAGUUAGAGACACUCGACCUGAGUGCAGCUGGAGGACAAAUAUGCCAAACUGUAACGGUGUACAAAGAAGUCCUCCUGCUGCCCAAAUUGAAGCACCUCCUUGGCAAGUUCCAGCUUUCUGCGACAGAUACCCCCUCCGUUCCCGUAUUGGGAUGGUUUGAAUCGAGUCUAGAGAAGUUCCUGAGGGAUAAGAGUAAGCUGGAGACGCUGGCAGGCUUUGUCACCGGCGAGACACUAGGAUUUCCACAACUGAUGAAUCUUAUGAUUCGGUUGCGGGAGGUGAAGAUAUGGUGCGAAUCCAACGCAAGCAAAAGAAACCUGAAAGACCUUUCAAAAGCCAUCACGGAAUUCGUUCGUAAAACGAUCACAGAGCCUCAAGUUCAUCGGUCCCUGUCGAUUCAUUUCGAAGGAUCAUCGGAGGUAUUCACCAACAAGAUAGUCUCAGUCGACGGCAAACUCGACUCGCUCGAGCUGCACGGCAAACUCGACACGCUCCAGCAGCGCGGCAAAUCGAGCCCACUCCCUCAGUUCGUCGCAGCGCUUAGUACUAUAGUGGAACUGUGCCUUUGGUCCACUGGUCUGAGCUGGACGGAUAUCCGAGAUGGGCUGAGCACGGUGAAGGGACUGAAAUAUCUCAAGCUUAUUGAAGAUAACCUUGGGCAUGUCAUCAUAGAGCCUGCAGAUCACCUCAAAAGCAUCCAGCGUAUAUGCCUUGUGUGUGUGCCAGCGCUAGACAUAACAAUCCAAGCUGCCGCGCUGCCUCAUCUUGUUUCACUUCAUAUGCUCUGUCAACAUUUGCAUGUUACUCCUGGAACCCCUGGCGGCAUCGAAAUCGCACACAUGAAGAAGCUCAAGGAAGUCACGCUUCAUCAGCAGGUCGCGGGCGGAAUAAGAGCUGAAUGGCAAAAUGCUGUAGAUGGCCAUACCAAUAGGCCCCUGCCCGUCCUUUUGCCCCUUCAAGGUCCCUGAUUUAUAAUGUAGACUUCAUCAAACACGAUCAUAACAACAGCUGUGCCACCUUUCGCUUUGCUGCCUGGAUCCGUGCAAUAACUCCAGCUAGCUGGAUCAUUCUUCAAUUCUCUCAUUGUGUGUUCGUUUUUAUUUUUAAUACAUUUUAGUUACCAUAUAUAUUGUUGAUCAAUUUUCCAUUUCCAAGUUACUUCUAUGCAUCUGAUUCAUCUGUUAUAAAUGAUUAUGAGACAAGGAUCCUUCCUAUUA